AACCAUGAAAGAAACACUACUGAGCCUCAUCUUUCUCCUCUUGUCUUGCGUUUGCGUGAAAAUAUCAGCACAGAAAGAAGCAGAGGCUUUGCUGAGAUGGAAGGACAGCUUAAUCUCUCAUUCUCUGGAUUCAUGGACUCUCACCAAUGUCAGUGAAAACAGCUCUUGCAACUGGGCUGGAAUCCGGUGUGACGCAGCUGGAAGAGUCGUUGAGAUCGACCUCUCAUACUCUGGCCUCAAUGGGACUCUUGAUGAAUUCAACUUUUCCACAUUCCCCAAUCUCACCAGCUUCAAUCUCCAUAUGAACAACAUUGUUGGGGCGCUGCCAACUCAAAUUGGAACUCUGUCGAAACUCACAUUUCUCGAUCUGGGGAGCAAUAAUAUCACAGAUUCAAUCCCUGCAGAGGUUGGAAAGCUCACGGAAUUGCGCAUCCUUCGCCUCUCAAACAACAGCUUCACCAGUGCAAUUCCAUAUCAGCUAACCAGUCUUCAAAAGGUAUGGCUCUUGGAUCUUGGCGGGAACUAUCUUACACCUCCUGACCCAGUUCGGGCUACGGGCAUGGCGUCACUGACACAGCUCAUUAUCAAUGUCAACAAUCUUGGCCCAUAUUUCCCCCCUUUCAUCCUCAACUGUUCGAAGCUGAUUUUCUUGGACUUACAGGAAAAUCUCAUGACGGGUCCAAUUCCUGUAGAGCUUGGGUCUAGUCUAAAGAACCUUAAAUUCCUAAAUCUCAGUUUAAACUCAUUCCAGGGGCCGAUUCCAGUGGAAAUCACAAGCCUUACAAACCUUCAAGAACUUCACUUGGGAAUGAACAAGCUCAAUGGCUCAAUACCCAAACAACUUGGGCACCUGUCCAACCUCCAAAUCCUCGAAUUACUCAACAAUACACUCCUGGGGCCAAUACCACCGUCGAUAGGAAACCUUACAAUGCUUCGGAGGUUAGAUCUCAGGAAUGCAGGCUUGAAUUCAACCAUACCUCAUGAGCUAGGUUCUUGCACUAACCUUACUUAUCUUGCACUGGCAGUUAACAAUCUUUCGGGUCCAUUGCCACCUUCCUUGGCAAAGCUAACCCAGAUCUCAGAACUCGGAUUGUCUACUAAUCAUCUAUCUGGCGAAAUCCAUCCAUAUUUCCUAUCCAAUUGGACCCAGCUCAUUUCCUUGCAACUCCAGGAAAAUAACCUCAUAGGAAGAAUCCCACCCGAAAUAGGUUUGCUCCGUAAACUUAAAUUCUUGUACCUGUUUCAGAAUCAGAUGUCAGGUUCAAUACCUUCCGAGAUUGGAAGCUUGUUGAGUUUGAUUGAACUCGACUUAUCAGUUAAUUCGAUCACUGGCCCAAUCCCUUCGAGCAUAGGAAACUUAACUAGUCUUCAUAAGAUGAGUCUCUUUGGGAACCAACUGAAUGGAACCCUACCACCCGAGAUAGGGAACAUGGAAAGCCUUGCAUUUUUCGAUUUGAGCGACAACAACCUGCAAGGCCCCUUGCCAUCAACAGUAUCCCGACUAAAGAACUUGCAAGUCUUCUAUGUUCCGAAUAACAACUUCUCAGGUGGCUUACCCGAAGAUUUGAGCCCCAUUCACCUUCAGAAUGUCAGCUUUUCCUCCAACAAUUUCUCUGGCCCACUCCCUCCACAAAUCUGUGGAGGUGGGGAGCUUUUAUAUGUUGCAGCCAAUGAUAACAGAUUCACAGGACCACUCCCAGAGAGCCUUCGAAACUGCACGGGCUUAGUCAGAGUCCGCCUUGAGCGGAACCACCUCAAUGGGGACAUCACGGAUGCAUUUGGAGUAUACCCAGAUCUUGAAUACAUCGACUUGAGCUCUAACCGUCUCUCUGGUGAAUUGUCGCCGAAUUGGGGAAAAUGUGUGAAACUUUCAUCUUUUCGAAUAUCCGGAAAUUCUAUAUCAGGCAGAAUCCCCCCAGAGAUUGGACAGCUGGAAGAUAUCCAAGUCCUGAGCAUUUCUUCUAAUAUGUUAACGGGAGAUAUUCCUCCAGAGUUCUUCAAAUCGCCGUCACCUCUUUACAGCCUCAGUUUGAGUGAAAAUCAGCUUUCGGGUCUGAUACCAGCAGAGAUUGGACAGUUAUCACGAUUGCAAAUCCUGGACUUUUCAAAUAACAAUCUAAGCGGGCCGAUACCAGAAGAGCUCGGGGAUUGCCAACGACUAAUAUCCUUGACGCUCGGCGGCAACAAAUUAAAUGGAACAAUCCCAUUCCAAAUAGGAAAUCUAGCGUCCCUACAGUCUGAGCUAGACCUGAGUCGAAAUUUGCUCACUGGAGAGAUACCAGUACAGCUUGGGUCUUUAGCAUCACUAGAACAUUUGAAUCUCUCUAAUAAUAACCUCUCUGGUCCGAUACGAUCUGCUUUGCAGGGUAUGAUAAGCCUUGUAUCAGUCGAUGUAUCACAUAACAACUUUGAAGGUCCCCUUCCGGAUACUACUGCCUUCCAAAAUGCUACUGCUGAGGCUUUGGCAGGCAAUUCAGGUUUGUGCGGCAAAGAAGUGCAAGGUCUGGAGCCUUGCAGUAGGUACUCUUCCCCGACCAACAAUAGUAAAAGCAGAUCUCGGAAACUGAUCAUGGCAAUAGUCAUUCCAAUAGCUGGAAUUGCAGUUGUUGUGUUGAUUUUUGUCAUCAUCUUCAUCCACUUCCAGAAAUCAGAAGAACAGAAUGAUGGAAAUCUCAAGUUAAGUAAGGAGACCUCAGUUUCAGUAUGGAAUUAUGAUGGGAAGAUACCAUUAAAAGAAAUCAUUGCGGCGACAGAGAAUUUCAGUGAGAAGUACUGCAUCGGGAAAGGCAGUCAAGGGAGUGUCUACAAAGCCGAUCUCCAGAAGGACAAGGUCAUCGCUGUAAAGCGCCUUCACAUGUCCGAAGAUGGGAUUACGGAUGCUGCCCGGAAGGGUUUCGAGAGUGAAAUUAAGGCGCUAACUGAAAUCCGGCAUCGUAAUAUCGUAAAAUUUUAUGGGUAUUGUUCAGUGAAUAAGUACAUGUUUUUGGCAUACGAGUUUUUGGAGAACGGCAGUUUGGGAAAUAUUCUGUGCGGGGAAGAAGCAAAGGUGGUGUUGGAUUGGGAGAAGAGGAUAAAUAUCAUCAAAGGGGUAGCACAUGCUCUAUCUUACAUGCACCAUGACUGUACACCAGCUAUUGUCCACCGAGACAUUUCAAGGAAUAAUGUUCUGUUGGAUUCACAGUUUGAAGCUCAUAUCUCUGACUUUGGAACGGCGCGCUUACUGAAACCAGAUGAGUCUAACCAGACAACUGCUGUUGGGUCCUAUGGCUAUAUGGCACCAGAGUUCGCUGCAACAAUGAAGGUGACUGAAAAAUGUGACGUUUACAGCUUCGGAGUUCUUGCUCUUGAAGUGGUGAUGGGAAAGCACCCUGGUGAACUUCUCUCAGGAUUAUCAAAUGGAGGACAUGAAGUACUUCUUGCAAGCGUGUUCGAUCAACGCCUUCAACCUCCAACCAAUCCCAUAGUCCAAGAAGUGCUUUGGGCAGUGAAGCUUGCCCUGGCUUGCACACAAGCAAACCCCAAGUGCCGUCCCACCAUGCAUGUCGUUUCUCGUGAACUAUCAACAAGCACGAGACCACCUCUCCAUGAGCCUUUGGACACACUGACAUUGCAAAAAUUGAUGAAUUCGUGA